AGCACGCGUGCUCCCAGCCCGCUACCGCUUCCUUCCCGUCAUCCUUCACAGUCCCUUCCUAUGCUUGCUAGUCGUCUCGCCCGCUGCUCUCGGUUCUCGUCUUCACCUUCAUCAUCGUCCAGAGCAAUUCCUAAGCCGCUGCACCCAGUCGCGCGACAAGCCAAAGUCCGGAAAUACAGUAAUACCCCCUUCGACCGGCCUCGCUAUGUGCGCUUCGGGGCGUCUGGCCCCGAAGAACCCGGGCAAGGGAAGGGGAGCCCAUGGGACGUGCGGAACUGGGAUAGGAAUACGAAGGUAGCGGCGGGCAUCGGGGCAUUCGUCGUGGGGUACUAUGUGACGCAUCUUGAGAGGGUGCCAGAGACGGGUCGAUGGCGUUUCAUGGACAUCAGCCCGAAGUACGAGUCUCAGCUCGCAGAGGCGUCGCAUCAAGAGCUGCUGCAAGAAUUCAAGGGCAAGGUCCUCCCACCAAAGCACCCCAUCACCAGACACGUCCGCCGGGUCACACAGCGCAUCCUGGAAGCAAAUGACCUUGGCACACUCGACGCUCCAGACGUCCAUCGCCCAAAGGGAGCCGACGACGUGUGGUCGUUUGACCAGCAGGACCAGCUGCCACCCGAGGUCGGUGGGCCGAAGCAGUGGCAUCUCUUUGUGGUGGCGGACGACAAGGUUGUUAACGCUAUGGCGGCGUACGGGAACAUCGUGGUUUUUACUGGCAUUCUGCCAGUAGCUAAGGACGAGGACGGACUGGCUGCUGUUCUAGGUCACGAAAUCGGACAUGCAGUCGCGCGGCAUGCAUCAGAACGAUAUUCGUCGUUGAAGGUCUUCAUCCUUCUCGCGCUCAUUCUCGACAUGGUAGGUAUCCCCUUCUCAAGUGCCACAACCCGUCUCCUGUACGACCUGCCGAAUUCCCGGACAAUGGAGUAUGAAGCCGACAAGAUCGGCAUCCGCCUUUCCUCUCGCGCAUGUUUCGACCCGAACGCAGUACCAGAGAUGUUCAGCCGUCUCGGCAAGCUGGAACAAGCCAUGGGCAGCCGGCACAUCGACUUCCUCACCACACACCCGGCCUCAGAGAAGCGUUCUGCGAUUUUGCGGGAAAUGCUGCCAGAAGCGUACGCGGUGCAAGCGGCAAGCCCUACGUGCGGGGCCACGGCGGACCACAUGGCUGCAUUCAGGGAUUCGUGGCUGGGCGACCUGAAUCCCGACAGGAUGUCGGAAACUCGAUGGUCAUAAAGAACGGGGCAGCGCAUGACGGCCUAGCUAGAGCGGACAUACUCGAGACGACGGGGGCUGUGACCUGUUCUCAUUGGGGAGGGAGACGUCAACUACACACUACUCAUUAUCACCGUUGCAUAUCCUGACCCUAGCAGGGAGUUAACAUGAGCAAAAGAUCACGUCGGUCUCCACAGCGCCCUCGCCUGUCCCGUGCGUUCCGAGUCCUUCCAACUCCUCCCCUCUUGCCACACAACGAGCGCCGAAUCGUUUGCAGCCAUACCAUCGUGCCCAACGAUACGGACCGACCCGAUUUCCCAGUCUCAGUAUCGCGCCGGCUCAGUGCAGCCUCUAAUUCUGCGCGCGAGAUUCGUUGUGAGCUUGAGCGGCCCUUCCUGAUUCUCUGGUAAUUCGCAAGUCUCAAUCGCCUCACUUCGACGUCCUCGACGUCCAAGCUAUACGGAAUGACGCACUUUGUUCUCGUGACAAAAUUCACGAGAUGACGAGUAGACUCCUUAUCUCAGAGGGAUGGGCCGUCCUCGCAAGCAAGCCGCACCACGACAUAGUCCGCUGAAGAUGUUCUAGUCCCCAAGGCAAACACGCUGCGAGCGAAAAUCCUCCGCAUCAUCGUGAUUCACUCCUGCAGUCGCCUGAAGGCCUGUUCGCUUCACCGUAAAGCGCAGGCGUGUUGAUCCCGAAGAUACCCAACAUUCAGCAUACUGAUGAUCAAAUAGCGGUUCACUGUUUUGAGGUCACUAAAGAGAUAAUGCUGACACGAGUAACGUAACAAGAAGUUAUGAUACUU